UUGAUCGUUGAAGGGUGAGGCUCCAGAUCAGAACCGUUUUCGUCAUUGUCGUUGCGUUGGUCAUUUCAGACGUUAUUAAUCCGCAGUUAAGAUUGGUGACGGAAUUAUUCUAGAGGUGCUAGGCUUGUAAAUUUGACAACGACAAGUGGGCGGAGCUUGUGCUUAACGUAAUGUGGUGUUUGUCUGAGCGUUUCUACUGUUUCUGUGCUCAUUAGUAUUAAGUGCAUGUUGGAACUGCUGUCGUGUAGUCUCACCCGUUUCCUACAGUUGCGUUUAUUUAUUAGUUUGUUCAGCUAGUGGUGUCAAGCUGCUGCAUUGUUCGAUUCUCCAGUGCAACAUGGCAACGUUAACUGCGAGAAUUAAAGGGACUGUACUGGCGGUGAUCUGUCUUGUCUUGUCUUUUGGUCAUCACUGCAGUGGUGAUGGCCAGACAAACGGAUUUUUGUCAUUUUCAACAACUUCAAUUACAGUGCAGGAAACAGCUAGGCAAAUCCCAGUUACAAUAAAUCGAAGUGGUGGCACAAAGGGACUUCUUGUUUUUAAAGUGGAGAUUCAGCCAACAACUUUACAAGACUUUCUGUCAACAUCUAAAACUGGUGUUCUUCAUGAUGCCGUAACUCAAACGACAGUCUACUUUGACUUGAUUGAUGACAAUGAUCCUGAAGAGGAUGAACACUACAAUGUAGUUCUUAUUAUACCCACCACUGGAGAUACUCUGCCAGAAUUAAGUUCACCCAGUUCUCUGAAUCUCACCAUUUUGAAAAAUGAUGAUGCAAAUGGAGUGGUCAGCUUCAUAACUAAUUUAUAUGCAGUUGAUGAACUUCAAACUGAAAACAGCAUUGCCAGAUUUCAAAUAACCAGGUCAAGGGGUUUAUUUGGAAACAUCAUGGUAAACUGGGAGGUUGUUAAUGGUGCAAUGGAUGUUGCCUCUAGUGUUGGAACAACAACAAUUGUUGAUGGUCAUAAAACUGCCAACCUUACUGUACUGGUUGUUCCUGAUGAUGACCCUGAAGCAAGAGAGACAUUUACUGUUCGACUAGUGUCAGUGUUUGGAGGUGGACGUCUUGACACUGAUAAUCCUUCAAAGCUAAAUGCAACUCUAGUAGUCAAUCCAAAUGACAGUCCUAUACGUUUCAGUCAGCUGACUUAUGCUGUAGAAGAAGGAACAAUAGCAGUUUUGACUGUGACACGAGGUAUUGAUGACACUGGGCAACCUGCUGGAAGCACAGCUGGGGUAGCGAUUGUCCAAUAUAGAACAGAGGCACAAACAGCAACUAAAGAUGACUAUCAAAGCCUUUCUGGUACAGUUAUGUUUCAGGAUGGUGAUAAGCAGAAACAAAUUUCUGUUAGCACUAUCAAUGAUUCUAAGCCUGAAGACAAUGAAGAGUUUUCUGUUUUACUGUUCAACUCAAGUUUUGGAACAGUGCUAACAUUACCAAGAUCUGCAAUUGUUCAAAUAACUAGCAAUGAUGAUGCAUUUGGUGUAGUGUAUAUCCUGUCAUCAGGUCCUAUUGUUCUUGAUGAAGAUGAUCCUUCUAGGAGAACAGUUAAAGUGAGUAUAGGUCGCUUAAGAGGAAACUUUAGCAAUAUCACUGUGUCAUGGGAGAUAAGGGAAGACUCAACUAAUCAAUUAGCAUCUGCUGACUUUUCCAUCUCAACAUCAAGUGUUGAGUUUGGCUUUAAUCAGAGUACAGCUAUGUUCGACAUCCAUGUUGUAUUAGAUGGCCAUCCUGAGGAGGGAGAAUCAUUCUCUUUGCAGUUGACAAGUGUUACAGGAGGAGGGCGAAUUGCAAGGCCAUCAGAGGGAGCUACAGAAGUGCAGGUUGUAAUACUUGAUAGCGGUGAUAGCUAUGGAGUUUUCACGCUUGCGGAUUCAUCUCAACAAUCAAUCAGCAAGAGUCCUCGUCAAUUGGACAUCACAUUGAAUCGGACUGGGGGAACUCUGCGAUCUGUGACAGUUAACUGUACAGUGACAUACCUUGGUAGUGGUGUUACAGACCCGAAUAGUGGUACAACAGCAUUUGUAACAUCACCAACUAUAGCCAUAUUUGUUGAUGGCCAAACUACUGCCAUGAUCAAUGCUAUCAUUUCUUCUACUGCUUUUCUUGAAGUUGGUGGGUCAUUUCACAUUCAGAUUACAACAGUUAGUCUGUCUUUCACUCCACCUGUGGCACCAAAAUCACCAAAGAUCGGCGUUCCUGCAUCUGUUGUUGUUGUUAUUUCCCCACUAGUAGGUAAUGGAGCUAUUCGCUUUGCUAAAAGUCAAACAACUAUUACAGAGCCAGACCGAGGACAGGCUAGCAAUGCUAUGUUGUUGAUAUCGAGAGAUGGAGCUGCUGGAAGAGCUACUGUGAAGUGGAUGAUCCAGCAACCCCUAGGUGGUUCCUCAUUUGAUCUAAAUGAAGACGUUGUUUUAGCUAAUGGAAAUGUUACGUUAGAAGAUGGUGUGUUUAGUGUUAAUCUAUCUAUCGGCAUUGAUUCUGACGAUGAACCAGAACUCAAUGAACAGUUUCUUGUUCGUCUUGAUUCAGUCAUUGAAGGUCUACCUCAUACUAUUGACAGCAGUGAAGACACAGGAUUGGUAACUAUAUUGGAGAACGACAAUCCUGGUGGGACGUUUGCUUUUGCUGAUGCAUCUGCAGGCCCUUUCUUUAUGACAGAAUCACAGUUGGCAUUUGUCAUUCUGUUUGUCCAGCGAACUGGUGGCGCUUUGGUUCAACGAGAACUAAUGUAUUCUAUUGAUAAUGGUAAUGGUGAAUUCAACGAUGUCAGAGGAAGGCUAAUAUUUGGAAAAGGAAAGAGAACAGAUACAAUAACCAUCAGCCCAAUAGAUGAUAGCAUACCAGAGUUGAAUGAGACAUACUUUGUAAAACUGACAAGCUCAGGAUCAGACAUGGCUGUGCUUGGUAGUAGGACAUCUGUUCAGAUCACAAUCUUGCCUAAUGAUGAUGCAAAUGGUGUGGUUUCAUUCAGUGGAUCUGCUGCAAUUACCAUGGGUAAUAUCGUAUCUUUGCAUUUUGUAAUUUUGCUUCUUGACAUGUUUUUGUACAUGAUACUUUUGUACGAGCAUGAUGUACGUACUCUCAUAUGUUUGCAUCUGAAACUGUAUAUUGUUAUAUGGUAUUCUAAUGUGUAUCUAGGAGAAACUCCUGAUGCGUCUAUGUUUGCUACUACCAUUUAUCUCAAUGUGAUACGGCUUGGAGGAUUGUUUGGCAAAUUAACAGCCACAUGGAAUGUUACUGCCAUUGGAUCCUCACCAUCACCUUAUCGGCAGUUAUCACCUGUGUCUGGUUCUAUUGUGUUUCCUGAUGGAUCUAAUUCAACUCAAUUCAAUAUUUCGUCUCUUGCUGAUGAUAUGCCAGAGUUUGCUCAGCAGUAUCAAGUUAAUCUUCUCACGGUUACAGGAGGAGCCAAACUGAGUUCACCAACUAGAGUGUCACUGACUGUAACAGCAAAUGAUGAUCCUGUCAGAUUUUUAGCACCAAUUUCUAUUACCGUUGUUGAAGGAGCUCCUGCUCAUUUUACUGUAACAAGAGCUGGUCAGCGUAAUGGGGCAGUGAACGUGUCAUAUGAAACAAUAGUUGGCAGCGCUGACAGCUCAGACUUUAUGGGCUUUCAACAUGGCCUUUUGCAGUUUAGUGAUAAUGCAAGUAGUCUGCCCCUUAUUGUCUCUACAGUCAACGACAGUCAACCAGAAACUGAUGAGAAUUUUUCUAUUCGACUAACUCAUGUUACAGGAGAUGCUGUUCUUUUUGGUGAUACAACUGUGACAGUGAAUAUUGCUGCAAAUGAUGAUCCGAAUGGAGUUAUACAGUUUUCUUCUGCCUCACUCAACAAAACUAUAAUAGAAGGAUCCACAACUAAUUUUGUUGUUGAGCGGCAAAAGGGACUGUUUGGUCAAGUGGAGGCAACGUGGCAGGUUGUUGAUGUUGUGAAUGGUUUGUUUAUUCCACCUGGAGAUGAUCUGCUUACAACCACUGGGUUUCUUGUCUUUAAUGACUCGGAAAUUCAGAAUACGAUCACAAUUACUGCAGUUGCAGAUGGUGAACCAGAGCUUGCUGAGCGAUACAUAAUUGAAUUGACCAGAGUGACAGGAGGUGCUCGUUUGAGUGCAACACAGUUACACGCCAAUUUGACAAUUCUGAAGAAUGAUGAUGCAAAUGGUGUUGUAAGCUUUGCAAUGGGGUCACUAGAUGUGGAUCUUCCAGAAGAUAUUGAAAGCACAGGAGUGUUAGCAGGAUCAGUGAAUGUGACGGUGGAGCGAGAUCGUGGAUUGUUUGGCGGUUUAGAGGUAUUAUGGGACAUUAUUCCACAGCGUUUCCCAAACUUAGCUGAAUUUACAGAUCUGUUCUUUGGAAUUAGUUUGGACUCUGGUGUAACAGAGGCAAUUAAAUCUAAAGGGCGAAUUGCAAGUGACACCAGAGCGUUUUCUUUUAAUGGAUCAUCUGAUUCAAAAGGCACUGUUUCUUUAGAGCUCCAACCUGCUGCUAGUAUUAUAUCAUCUGGUUUCACUUUGUCUGCUUGGGUUCAGCCCUCAUCUUCAGUCAAUGGCUACAUUAUAGCAAAGGCCAAAGCUGAUGCAACUACUCGAUUUUACACCCUAGGUUUGCUACCAGCAACAGGGACACACAUAAACAUUGCAUUUGACUAUUUGCCAAGUGGGCCUGGGACUUCAAUUAGUUCUGGCUUUCACACUGUAACAGUUGCAGUUGCUCGUACUUCUCUGAUAGAUGGAAAUUGGCAUCAUCUUGCUGUGAGUGUGGGAGAGCACAGCAAUAGAGGACAAGCAGAUUUCUAUUUUGAUGGCAAAUUGCUGGAAAUGAGGUCAUUGUCAGACAUCAGAGUGGCAGAUCAACCUCACCAACUUGUUGUUGGUCAGCUGCCCAAUGGUAAUUUACCGUAUGUAGGACUACUGCAAGACGUUCGUGUUUAUCACAGACAGCUGACCUCAUUAGAAGUUAAUGCAAUUGGUUCAGCUCAAGUAGCUGCAGACUUACGGCCCAUCACUGGAUAUUUAACAUUUAAGGAGAAUGUCAAUAAGAAGCAGAUUGUAGUCAAUGCUGUCAGUGAUACCGACCCAGAACCAGAUGAACAUUUUAGUAUUGUGUUGAGUGCAGUCUAUGGUGAUGCUCGUCUGUCUGCUGACAACUUGACUGCUUCUCUAACACUGUUACGUAGUGAUAAUGGCAAUGGUCUGUUUGGCUUCAACACUUUGAGUCUCAGUGCCACUGUACGUCAGGAGCCAGACACAGUUUUUCUUACAGUCGAGAGGCAGCAUGGCACAUUUGAUGCUGUUGAUGUCGAAUGGGAAGUUUAUCAGUAUGUUCCUGGUGUUGAUCCUUUGCCACUUGCUGCAGGAGACUUCCAGAAUACAAGUGGACUUUUAACAUUUUCUCAACGACAAACAUCUGAGAUUCUCAUAUUGGAUGUAGUUGCUGAUCUUGUGCCAGAGUUAGCAGAAAAUUUUGUGGUUACACUUGUAUCUGCAAUGCCAUCUGAUGGUCACCUUGGUUCUACACAAACAAGUGCUGCAAGCAUCAAUCCAACCAAAUCGCAAGCAAAUGUCACUAUAGAGAAGAAUGAUGAUCCAUAUGGAGUGCUGGAAUUUACUUUACAGUUUCCUCCACUUCCUUCUGAUCCUGUAAUUCUACCAUCUACAGUUGCACCACAGAUCUCUGUCAAUGAAGAAGAUAGGACACUGAAUUUGACUGUUGUUAGAGCUAAUGGUUUAGUAGGAGCUGUUUCUGCUGAAUAUCGCACUGUCGAUGGAUCAGCUGUUGGUAGUGGCUCUAAUAGAGACUUUGUUGCUGCUGCUGGCCUUCUAUCAUUUGCAGCAGGUGAAAGAUCUAAAGUAGUUACAAUUGCUCUGGAAGAUGAUGCAACACCAGAAUUGGAAAAAUCAUUUAAAGUUGUGCUUUCAAGUCCUUCAGGAAGUCCUGAAGCUCCUAGACUGGGUGUUGCAAAGGAAAUAACAGUGAUCAUUAAACCAAGUGAUGAUGCUCUUGGUUUAGUUGCCUUUGACACAAACUCUUUGUCUGUCAGUGUGAGUGAAACAGUGGGGACUGUGAAACUGGAUGUUGUUAGACAAAGAGGUGCUCUUGGCCCAAUUACUGUCUAUUGGGAAGCAAUGCAAGGCAACAAUACAAAUUUACGGGAUUUCCAGCCUUUGUCUGGUAAUGUGACGUUCCAGACAGGUCAAGCAGCCUCCCACAUAUCCAUUAUGUUGACAGAUGACUCAAUGCCAGAAUUAUCUGAAGUGUUCAUGAUCAGUCUUAUUUCUGUCACUGGAGGUGGUACACUCAGUAAAGCAGGAGAUGUAGUUGCUGUUUUGACUAUUCAGUCAAGUGAUGAGCCUCAUGGACUGUUUGUAUUCACUCCUGGCAAUCGGCCAUUGCGAGUCAAUGAAGCAAAUGUCAACAUCACACUUACCGUUGUUCGUGAGUUUGGAAUUCUUGGAAGUGUGGCUGUUUCAUACGAGACAGUCAGCAUUGCUUCCUCUCCAAAUCAUGGCACUGUAGCAAUUGACUACUACAGGACGUUAGGAGUGCUGUAUUUUGCUGAUGGAGAGACACAUAAGUCUUUUGAAGUACAGAUAAGAGAUGAUGGAACUCCUGAGCUAGAUGAGUCAGUGUUUUUGAACUUAACUUCAGCUAUUCUCACUUCAGGAACAACAGCGGCAAUGAACUCACCGCGGGUUGGAACUAUAAAUGAAGGUGGGCAGGGAGAGAUCAUAAUCAAUGAGAACGAUGAUGCUCGUGGUGUCUUAGCAUUAUCAUCUUUAAGUGUCGAUGUGACUGAACCAAACGUAGGCACGUUUCUUCAGAUCAUUCGUACAGGUGGAACAUUUGGCACAGUGACAGCCAAGUGGCAGGCUCACAGUCAGUCUGCAACUGGUGGAGGAGUUGACUUCACUCCAGACUCGGGAACUACUAACUUUGUUUCACAACAAACUUCUGCUGCGGUGCCUAUCACAAUCAUCAAUGAUGUUGCUCCUGAAUUUGAUGAAGUGUUUACAGUACAAAUAGUGGAUGCUGGUGUUGCACGUCUUGGAUCUCCCUCAUCAUCUUCAGUCACCAUUGAACAGAAUGAUGACCCCAAUGGAGCAUUUGAGUUUUCUGCUAGUUCUCGUAUGCUAAAUGUUGAGGAGCCACAGGCAGGCACACGGUCAGUCUCUCUAACAGUACAAAGAACUGGUGGACAGACUGGUGUUAUCACGCUGAAAUAUGAAGUCACUCUGAAUGGUGUUCUUGCUAGUGAUGAUGUCAUGCCUGUGAGGGGUGAUGUUUUCUUUUUGAGUGGUGAAAAUAGGAAAUCAUUUGAUAUUGAUGUUUUAUCAGACAGCAUCUCUGAAGGACCAGAGGAUAUCACAGUGACCCUAACUUCAGUUGUUAUUUCUGGAGCUGGCAUUCCUCGUAUUGGAUCUCAUAGUCACUCUGUCAUUACAAUUCUGGCCAAUGAUGCUCCACACGGUGAAGUCAGCUUUAAUGUCACUAUGUACAGCAUAGCUGAGGGACCAAUGAACACUACAAUUGCUUACUUGACCUUGUAUCGAAGUUUUGGCACUGUGGGUGAAUUACAAGUAUUCUACAGUACUGACGAUGUAGAUAUUGCAGCUGAAGCAGCAAAGCAAGGUCUCAAUGUUAUCAGUUUCUUUUCAUCUCCAUUGUCCGGUUUUUUGUCUCAACCUUUCAAAAUGUUGAACUCUUCACUGUCUACAUGUGCUAAGUCAUGUCUCAAUGAUGAUGCUUGCAAGUCUUUCAGUCUCCAUACAACCUCAUAUUUAUGCUCUCUUUACACUCAGAAGAGGACUGAUAAAAAAAUAGGUGUGUUAUUUACUCCUCACAAUGAUACUGAUUACUAUGAGAAAGAUGAAGUAAAGGUACGUCCAUAUGUGCGGAUGCAAGCAGCACCUGGAAUGGACUAUGUUCAAGCAAUUAAUUUGCAUACUACAAUUGCAGAUGGAUCUCGUUGGGGAUUCAUUAACAUUACUAUUAAUCCAGACAACGUUCCUGAGCUAGAUGAGAUGUUUCUUGUGACACUUAAUUCUGUGCAAUUGAGCUUGGGUUCAGCUGCCAAUCCUGCAAAUGAACCAUCUCUUGGAGCCAGCAUAACUGUUGCUGUAACUAUUUCACGCAAUGAUGAGGCCUAUGGUGUGUUCAGAAUUAUUUCUUCAAGUGGUCAGAGAAAUGUCAUAGUCAAUGAAAUCACAAAUCUUGCUCUCCCUCUAACUGUAGAGCGUACUGGGGGAACUAUAGGGUCUGUUAGUAUUGACUGGUAUGGUAUAUCUGGAAGUGCAGUGUCUGGCAGUGAUUUCACAGCUGCAGGUGCCACACUGAAGUUCAAUGAUGGCGACUCCAGAUCAUCUCUUUUAGUUUCCAUUCUUGAUGAUACCAUGCCAGAAAUAAAUGAGAAAUUUUACGUUGCUCUUCGAAAUCCCUCUGGUGGAGCUGCAGUGUCAACUACGAGUGAUCGAGUUGAAGUCACAAUCUCAGCCAAUGAUGAUGUAGCUGGUGUGAUUGGGUUUUCAUCUUCUUCUCGAUCUGCUAUUGUGUCUGAAGGGGAAUCUUUUAGCAUGACUGUAGAAAGACGAUUGAGUGCAGUUGGACAGGUUACUGUAUACUGGCGAAUAGAAGGAGACCUUCCUUCCAAUGAGUUUCAGUCAAGUAGUGGCUCACUGUUGCUUUCGAAUAAUCAGACUUAUACUCUAUUGAACGUAACAGUUGCAACAGACUCGUCUCCUGAAACUGCAGAACUAUUCACACUUAGACUCUACGAUGUCGUUACGGUAGGGGUACCUUUGUCUGGUGCUGCUCGAAUUCUGUUACCUGAGUCAACAGCAAGUCUAACUAUCAAAGCAAGCAAUGAGCCACAUGGUCAAGUGGAGUUUGAUAGCAGUUCAUUGAAAAUUAGUACAACUGAAGGUAACAAACAAGUGUCUCUCACACUGGUGCGACUGUUUGGAAGUAUUGGAAUUGUACAAGUGAAGUACACUGCUGUGAAUGGUAGUAUUUCGCCUAUACAAAAAGACAAGUUAGCUCUUGCAUCUGCAGGCCAAGAUUAUUUUUCGACUCCAGGUACUGUUCAAAUGGGUGAUAAGGAGAAGUCUGCUGUCAUUAGAGUCAACAUACGCGAGGAUUCACUGGCUGAGCUUGAUGAAGCAUUCUUAGUAAACUUGACAUCUGUAAAACUGAUUGGAGAUUUUAACACUACAAUUGCACCCAAACUGGGAAGGCAUUCUCUUGCAGAAGUUAUUAUUUCUUCUAACGAUGGAACACGUGGAGAGCUGGUAUUUGCUUCUAAUGACAUUACCGUGUCUGAAUCAGAUGGAGUGGCAAAUGUUGAAAUUUUGCGAACAAAAGGAAGUUUUGGAGACGUGACUGUGUUUGUUUAUGUAUUGGAGGAUGGUGCUAGAGGAAGAGGAAGUGACUUUGAUUUUAACCCAAAGACUGUCUCUUUUGCUACUGGUGAAACGAACAAAACAGUUCAAGUUAUGAUUGUGAACGACAACGAUCCAGAAAUAGCAGAAAAAUUUCUACUAAAGAUGACUAACCCAACUGGAGGAGCUUCAGUUGGUAAACCAGAUGAAGUAACAGUUACGAUAUCAGAAAAUGAUGAUCCACAUGGAUUAAUCAGUUUUUUGAGUUCUUCUACAGUAACAUCAACAACAGAACCAGCAAGCUUGUCACAGUCGAACUCUGUUCGACUGACUGUUAUUCGUCAAAAGGGACUGUUUGAUGAGGUAAUUGUGCAAUGGGCUAUUACAGGUGAUGCUGAAAAGGAUCUCCGAUUAACAUCUGGCGCAAUUGUUUUUGCAGACCAAGAAAGUCAACAGGAUAUUGUAAUAGAGGUGUUGGCAGAUGACAUUCCUGAGCAAGAUGAAUCAUAUGUUGUUACUUUGUUUGAACCCACGGGUGGAGCUAAGCUUGGGUCACAAGAUAUCACAGCUAGAUUGACAAUAGAAGCUAACGAUAAUCCUAAUGGAAUAAUUCAAGUCAACUUUAACACUACAAGUGCUUCUUUCUUAAAUGUUGAGGAGGAUGUUAGGCAGAUUAAGGUGAAUGUGAAGCGAUCUGCUGGAACUUUUGGUCGAGUGACUUGUCAGUUGAAAACUCAAGAUGGAUCAGCUACUGCUGGCCGUAAACAGAAUAACUUUUUAGCUACGACUCAAGAAAUAGCUACAGUUGGUGCAGAGCAAUGGCAUUCAUUUACUAGUGGAGUUGGUUUGUACGUUUUGCUGGCUAGUAGUAACAGAACUGGUGAGCUGCCUGGAUUUAACAAGACUAAUGAGGACACAGAUCAGCCAGGAGGUCAAAAUGGUGGAAACCAAGGAGGUGGCAAUCAAGGAGGAGACCAAGGAGGUCAGGAUAUGAGCGGUAGUGGUAAUGCUCCAUCGCAAUCUCCUGGCCAAGGUGGUCAAAGUCCCACUCCUUCUCCUGGACAAGGUGGAAAUGGACAGCAACCAGGAACUGGCACUGGUGGCGGUACAGAUAACAAUUCUGAUUCUGUCACUGGGUCUGGUUUGUACCGUUGGAAUGGUGGGGGCUUGGAAAGAAUUCAAGGAAUAAAUACUAAUGGAGCUCAAUCUUGGACAUCCUUGACAGUAGGAUCAAACACAUUAGUUGCUGUUGCAAACUCCGGAGAAGUUGGUGCUCGGGAAACAAUGUCACGUAUUUAUUCAUUUGCUGAUGGUCGUGUGACGCCAACACAAGAUAUUCCAACUAAAGGUGCAACUGAUGUGAUUUCAUUUCAGUCAUUUGCUGGCAUGACGUAUCUUCUAUUUGCCAAUUAUCAAGAUGACACAGGAAACAGGAAUAUUGACUCCCUUGUGCUCCAGGCAGUCGGUAUCACGUUUUCAGAUCAUCAAUCUAUUGCUACUCAAGGAGCAAGAUCACUUGUGACUUUUGAUAUUUUAUCAACACAGUAUUUAGCAAUAGCCAACUCAUACAGCACCAUUGAUCAAUCUCAUGUUGUUAACUCUCAGGUUUUCUCUUGGGAUGGACCCACGCAGAUGUUCAAUCUAUUGCAAAAUAUCCCAACAUCUGGUGCUCAUGACGUACAUUACUUUGCUAUAUCUGCAAUGAAUUACCUUGCAUUUUGCAAUGGAAUGGACAGUACUGGUGACACAAAGGCUAAGUCCCCAAUUUACCGAUGGAAUGAUGGCACUUCUCGCUUUACUCUUCAUCAGGAAAUUGAAACACAAGCUGCACAAUCUAUGAAAACAUUUAUGUUCAGUGGCAAUACAUAUCUUGCUGUGUCUAGCUUUGAGGGUCAGUCAAAGAUCUAUCAGUGGAGCACUACAUCUGACAUGUUUGAAGACAUCUUGUCAUUUACAACAAAAAAUAGUCAUGACUUUCAUCCACUUCUCGUCUCUUCAUCUGGUUCAACAACAGUCUACCUUUUGUCGGCAGAAUUCAGUGAGACAGAGUCAUUAUCAACUGUAUUACUACUUACUCAAACAGGAAAUAACAGUGAUUAUGUGUCAAGGGAGACAGACAUUGUAUUUGAAGAGGGAGUCAGCAUUGUAGAUCUUGAACUAACCGUUAUUAAUGACACAUUACCUGAAAUUGAUGAGAAGUUUUUUGUGAACAUUACAAAUGCACAAGGAGGAGCACAGCUAGGUAGUCAAGAUUCACUCGUUGUCACUAUCCUGACCAAUGAUGAUGCACAUGGCUUGAUAGGAUUUGCAGGCGGUUCAAAGGUCAUUCCUGAGUCAGAUAGUGAUACACCUAUUCAAUUGAAUCUGGUGAGAGAAAAUGGAACAUUUGGAGAAGUUGAAGUUGCUUGGGAAACUAGUGGGACUGGUGCUACAGAUGUGUCUCCUCAGAAAGGAACUGUCACAUUUGCAGCUGAAGCUAAAAUGGCUAAUUUUACAGUGACAGUGCUAGCAGACGCCAUACCUGAAUUAAAAGAGGUGGCCAGUAUAAAACUAACAGGAAUUGUGCGUGGGGGUGUGGCUGCAGGUUCAGACACAAGUCGUGGAGCUAAAUUGAUAUCUACACGAUCAGUCAGUGUCAUCACAAUUGAAGCCAAUGAUGAACCCCACGGUGUAGUCAGCUGGUCACCAUCAUCUUUGUCAAUUAAAGCAUCAGAAAUGGAAGGAGCAAAUUCUGCUGUCACUUUGACUAUUGUACGCGAAUUUGGCACAGUUGGAGUACUUCUAGUCAACUACACUACUAUUGUAGCUACUGACCUUGUUCUCAAAAUGCAGGCCACACCAGGUGUUGAUUUUGUGUCAUCCAGUGGUGUUGUAGAGAUUGGAGACAAUGAAACUACAGCAGAUGUGCAAAUUACCAUUAAACCUGACAACACACCCGAAAUUGCAGAGUACUUUUAUGUGAACCUAACAAAUGUUCAGUUGAGCAAUUACACAUAUGAAGGAAACAGCACUGGUCCACCUCCACAAAUAUCAAAGCCAGAUUCAGCCAUGGUUGUCAUCCAAGAGAACGACAACUUUAGGGGCAUACUUGUUUUUACGGUCACAAAGGCAUUAGAUGGAACAGUGCAUGUGGCAGAAGAUGCUUCUACUUUCAUGUUGACAAUAGAACGAACAUUGGGAACAUUUGGAGUUAUUGGCUGCUCUUGGUUUGCCACACCACUCAGUGCACUUGGCAAUGGAGUUGAUUUUGGUCCUUCAUCUGGAACUUUAAGAUGGUCGGAAGGCGACGUAUUCAAGCAAAUACCUUUUACAAUCAACAAUGAUAAUCUUCCUGAAAUUGAUGAGACAUUUCAGGUUGAGUUGAGUCAACCUAGUGGUGGUGCUCGAAUUGGAUCUGAUGCAUCAGUUAUAGUUACAAUUGACAAAAAUGAUGAUGCAAAUGGCAUAAUUCUGUUUGAUCCUAACAGUCAGAUUGUUACUGUUGAUGAGUCAUUUAAUUCAACUGACUCGAGAGGAUUGGCAACGCUGAUGGUACGCCGUGAUCGUGGUCUGUUUGGCACAGUAAAUGUGCAAUGGCAAGUAGAAUCUGCUGGUAGGGAUGAUCUCAGUCCUAGCUCAGGGAUUGUUACAUUUGCACCAAAUGUCUCCCAACAAGUUUUUCAGAUUCGAGCUGUGGUUGAUGAUUUGCCUGAAGAUAAUGAGCACUAUACUGUCACUUUGACAUCUGCUGAUGGAGGAGCAACACUAAAUGCUGCACGAGCAACAAUUUUUAUCAGACUGAACGGUGAUGCUAAUGGAAUUGUAUCAAUUGAUCCCAAGUCUCAGUAUUUGGUACUUCAUGAAUCUGGGCUAGGAUCAACAGGCAGUGGGACAGUACAAUUGAUUCGGGAAGCUGGAUUGUUUGGUAGAGUUCAAGUUCAGUGGCGCAUUACACCUGAUGUUGUAAAUGUUUUCCUUGCAACAAGUGGCACUGUGAUGUUUGUACCACAACAGAAAAAUGCAUCUGCAAACCUCUUGGUUUUGGCUGAUGCGACUCCUGAAUUGACAGAAACAUAUAAGUUUGAAUUGGAGGCAAUACAUGGUGGAGCACGGCUAGACAGUCGUCCUAGCACAACUGUCUCUACUAUCGUUGUUACAGCAAGUGAUCAUCCACAUGGAAUCAUUCAAUUUGCAUUAUCCCACAGAAGAGUGGCUGAAAGUAUUGGCAAGGUGUCAUUGAUACUACGACGUUUGGGAGGAACGUUUGGUGGAAUACGUGUCAACUACAGCAGCAAUGGGACUCUUCCAUCUCCAGGAAUAGACAGGAGUGACUACUCACUGACGAGCAACUAUGUGGACAUUCCCCAAGGAGUUCAGACAUCUUCAGUUGAUCUACAAAUCAUAGAUGACACUACUCCUGAGCUGGAUGAAUCAUUUUCUGUGUCUCUGAAUUUUGUUGAAUUGAUAUCUAGCCAACUGAACACAUCGGUUAUCAAUGGUCAUACAGUAGACAUACCACCUGUGUUAGGAUCGCCUGCACAUUUAUCAGUCACCAUAUCAGCAAAUGAUGAUCCCAAUGGUGUCAUUGAAUUUGAUACUGCCUCAUCUCUUGUUGAUAUUUUGGAAGAUGUUGGAGUUUGGACUCUCACUUUGGUCCGUAGUGGUGGAACAUUUGGUACAGUCAGUGUAAUGCAUCAAGCAGUCAACAUAACCGCAUUAGGGCAGGGACUUGAUUACUCAGUAGGAGUUGCUGGACAGGGUAGGGUAGUGUUCUUACCUGGUCAAACUUCAGCAGUGUUGUCUCUUGUUGUGAUUAAUGAUGAAGAACCAGAAUUGCAGGAAAGAUUCCAGAUCAGACUAUUGAGUGUUCAAGGAGGAGCAAGAUUAGGAGAUGAUGCCACAGCAUUGAUCACAAUUGCAGCUAAUGAUGAUCCUAGUGGAAUUGUUGGGUUUGAUGACAGAAUGGAUAACAAUAUUAUAGUUAACAAUCCAAAUGUAACACAAGGCAACAAACCUGUCAAUCUGACUGUUUAUCGUACAGCUGGAGACGUUGGAAGGAUAGAAAUAUCAUGGACUGUGACAGGUCCAGAAUCAGGAAGAGAGUUUUUGGACGUGAUGCCUUCUCAAGGCAUUACUGUUAUCAAAGAUGGGCAAAGGAUGGGGGUUGUACCACUUGUUGUACUAGCUGACGAUCGAGCAGAAGUUGAAGAGACAUUUUUAGUUAGACUGGUUAGUGUGGCUGGUGGAGCACUGUUGGACACUACAAAGGCGAACAUCACAGUAACAAUUCCACUUCAUGGAGAACCUUUUGGUGUUAUUAACUUUUUUGCUGAAGCAUUGGUCAAUCAGGAGGUACGUGAACCUAACGCAAGUUUAGCCACUGUGACGCUUCCAGUUCAGAGAACAGAGGGAACUGUUGGAGACAUUCUGGUUUUUUGGUCUGUUGUUAACGUCAUUCAGAAUUUUGACAUAACACCUACAGCUGGAAAUGUCUCUUUCUCUGAGGGAGGCUCUCACAGCAGCAUCCAAAUUAACAUUUUGCCAGACUUUGAGGCAGAGUUGAGAGAAACGUUUAGAGUACAGCUGACAUCUGCAAGUGGUGGUGCUAAGAUUGGAACAACCAGCCAGGCUGAUUUUACUGUCCGAGCUAAUGACCUCCCUCAUGGUAUUGUUGGCUUCUCUGGUCAGCAAGCACUGACCAUCAUAAAUGAAGGGUCUCCAAAGCCGUCACGACAGUUACUGUUUGGUUUGCAACGAAGAGAAGGAACAAUUGGAGACAUUGAGGUGGAUUUUGCUGUUUCAUACAGCCAAACAACUUUGUCAAUGUAUGUUCCUGCAACAGGCAGUGUUGUGAUUCAAGAUGGUCAAACACAGCUGACACACAGCUUGAACAUUUCAGCAAAUGCCUUUUUGAUUGUGGGGGAGAAUUUCCAGAUAACACUAACUUUAGUACGGCUACUGACAGCUGGAGCUAAUGACCAGCCGCCAGAAUUGGAUCACAUGGCAUCAGUCACUGUCAUUGUACCAGAAAUAUCUGCCAACUCUGUCUUUCGAUUUGUUGACAUGUCCCUGCAAGCAACUGUAGAUGAUACUGUUGCAACCGGACAGAGCAAUGUCAAAUUAAGUGUAACCCGUGAUGGGUUAUUUGGGAAUAGUGAUGUUUACUGGCAGACAGGAGGAAAUGACUCAUCAGUUAGUGAUGGUAGCAUCUCUCCAAAGCAAGGCAUUUUAAGAUUUGUACAUGGUGAAUCAUCUAAGACUUUUUUUGUUAAGGCUGAUCCAUCUUCUCCUCCGAGUUUGUCAGAAGUCUUUGUUGUUCGUCUGACUUCAAUUUCUAAUGUUGUUGAGGGAGGAGCUGUCAUUGAUCAAAACAGAAACAAAGCUAUCAUUGAGCCUCAUGGUGUCAUCACCAUUGCAACAUCUGACUUGGUUAGAGUCACAGAAGGCGUUGACAGUAAAAUGACAUUGACAGUAUGGAGGAUGUAUGGUUCAGAAGGGAUAAUUGCAGUAGAAUAUUCCACUCGUAAUCGAACCAGUGGAUCGGACCAAUUUAAUGCUCAUAAUGGGGAAGACUUUAAACCUGUUCAUACUACUUUGGCAAUGCAGUCUGGACAGACUAGUGCCACUGUUGACAUUUUCAUUGUCAACAAUGGUAUACCUGAAGACAAUGAAACAUUUUUUGUUGAUCUUUUGUCCACAAACACAGUGCCAGCCACUCAAAAUUUAGUUCCCUCUCCACGAUUGAUUGCACCCACUACUUUAACCGCGACAAUUACAGAUGAUGACAAUCCACACGGAGUGUUUAGUUUCAAAAACAGUCAGGCAAUUGUUAAAGAGGAGGAUCAUACAGGGAGUGGAACGAGAGUUACAAUACACAUUGUUCGCCAUCGGGGGUUAUUUGGUACAGUAGCUGUUCUAGUAAGGACAUUCGGUGGAGGUGAAAUGUGGACAAACUACACAAAUGUCAAUAGAAGACCAACUGGACAAUCAACACAAGUAAAUGUAGACUAUCAGAGACUAAACGAAGAAGUCAUCUUUGCAGAAGGUGUGAGUGAACUCUCUACUACUCUUGUGCUGUACAAUGAUGAUAUUGCUGAGUUAGACGAGAAUGUUUAUGUUGAGCUCAUCAAUCCAACUGGUGGAGCAAGACUAGGAACUGCAACGGAUCAUAGCCAGUUUAAUACGGUUUUUGCAGUUCUUAUUCAACAGAAUGAUGAACCGAAUGGAUUGAUUGGAUUUCAGACAUUAAGUGUGACACUUAAUGAAGACAUCAUUGCAAGAUCAUAUGCAGACAUUGUCGUCUUUCGUGAUCGUGGAGACUUUGGUGUUGCACAGGUUGACUGGGUUGCUGCUAAACGGUUUGGUGACACCACAUCUCUGACUAUUAGAAACGAUUUUGAAUCCAGUACAUUUGGGACAGCCAGUUUUGGCGCUGCUCAGUCAACUACUACAUUUCGUUUACAGCUAAAGUUUGAUGAGACGCCGGAGAAUGGGUAUUCCUUUAUAGUGUAUCUUACUAAUCCAAGCACGGGAUCCAACAUAUACAAUGACAGAAACACUAUCAACGUGACUGUUGAAGCAAGUGAUGAUGCUUUGGGUGUUUUCCAAUUUGCAGAUAGCUCAAGACAAGCAACUUUUUCCGAGAAUGCACGUUUUGUUACUCUUUUCAUUCAACGAGAUUUUGGAACCUUGGGACAGGCAACAGUACACUAUGCUACGCGAGAAGCUGGAAGCAAUGAUGACUUGACAGUAGGAGUUACAGAAGGAGUGGCAGCUCAAGAAGGUGUUGAUUAUGUGUAUAAAGAUGGAUUGGUUGAGUUUGCAGUUGGAGAGACUCAAAAAGCAAUUACUAUUAGUUUGGGCCGGCAAACUAGCAGUGGUAACAUCAAGGUGUUUUUUGUCUCUCUUAGUAUGCCAUCUGAUGGCACUAGGUUGGGGCAAUUUUCAGAAUCAAGAGUUAGAAUCACACCGCGUGAAGAAAGUUUGACCUUGGCUCUUUUUCAGUUGGAAUCUGAAACUCUUACAGCCAUGUCUGGGGAGACAUUUGUCAGUAUUGUUUCAAAGCUCCAAACAAACGUAACUGUCUUAAAUGGACAGCGUACUGAAGACCUGAAUUUGUUUUUGAAAGUUCUACAAUUGGUAUCUGAAAAAGGAUCUAGCUACUACUCGGACAAUGACCAGAUAGUCACCAGGAUGAUGUCAAUCUUCAACUACAUGUUGGGAUCUUCCAGCUUUAGGGGUCAGUCAGUAAUAGCUCUCACUCUUCAGAAGUUUGCUUUCUCACUUGUAGCACAUGAUGACUGUCUUUCAACAAACCCAAGGAUUGUGAAGUUGGAAGAGACUUUGCUUGCUGUUAUGGUUAUGCGAGCAAAACCAGCUGAUAUUAACACGAGGAUGUUUACAUCACGCCAAGGUGACACUAUAACUUUGCCAGACAAUGUAGUGAAGCAAAACACUGGCUCAUCUGCUGAAUGUCGGGAUUUGUACUUUUUGGACUUUACAAGUGACAACUGGUUUCAAAGCAGUGAUCCAAUUUUCAAUUUGGAUGAUGGUGGUGAUCCUCAUAUACUUUCUGUUGGUAUGAAUGUUGAGUCCAGUGAACUGCAGAAUCUUGAAAACAAUGUCAAGUAUCAAAUCAAUACAGAACGAAGAGUAUCACCAAACAGCGGAGAAUGUCUGUUUUGGAAUUAUGAUGCCGGACGAUGGUUGACUGAUUCAUGUUCUAAACAAACAACAACAAGUGAUCAGAACUACAUAGUGUGCAAGUGCAAUCGCUUGGCUGACUUUGCUGCUCGUGGUGAGACAGACAGUCGAGUUGGAUGGGGACCAACGAUUCAAGUGUCAUGUUUUGUUGCUUUGGUGGUUCUGUUUAUUGUAUGGGCUGUCAGCCACUUUGCAUCGUGCUGUCAUCAAGGGGGCAUGCUCACUGCAUUUAAACUCGUGAUGCAUCUUCUUUUUGCACUCUUCAUAACCGAGAUUGUUUUAGUUGUAACUAUUUUUGAGAGCAAAAGUGCUUCAAUUGAUUCAUGUGCUGCACUUGGUGCGCUAAUUCACUAUUUUGGUCUUGCACAGUUUAUCUGGAUGAUGAUUUUGUCAAUCAACCUCUGGCAGACACUUGUUGUAAGCAAUGAAGAGACUGAACGUUAUUAUUUCUAUUACGUCAUUGCUGGAUGGUUGAUUCCACUGGUAACACUUGGCUUGUACAUGUUGAUUGGAAAAUAUCAACUUGACUGGAAAAUUGAAGAGAUUUAUGGAGAUGUCCAUGGCAAUGGAGAUCUCUGCUUUAUUCCCAAUGUGUAUGCUGGGUUGGCUGCUGUUGUUCUGCCUGCUUUACUGUGCCUUUUGGUGGUUUGUUUGGUGUUUACACAAGCAUACCAGUUUCCUUCAAGAUGGAAGCAAUAUGAUGACAUUUACCGCAAUACAGACAAUCGACAAGAAGUCCCUAAGCUGCUCUUGCUGGUUACACUGAUUGUUCUUGUGUGGAUCAUGGGUGGCCUACAUCUGCUUAUAUCAACUACAGUAACAGAAAUACUCUUUAUGAUCUUCAACAUUGUCCUAGCUGCUUACGUCCUUUUUGCGUAUCUUUUUGCUCAACUGAAAAAUAUGAAAGGCAAAGGAAGCUACUAUCCUGCUGAAACUGAAACCUUUCCCAUGGACCAGUUGCCACCAGAGUUGAGAGUGUCACAUGUAAGCAUUGGCAGCCAAGGAUCUCGGAGAGCACUCAUUCCUGAUUCUGGUCCUUGGCAUGAUUUGCCUACGGAUACUCCUCCACCCCCACUAACAAGUGAACCAGCUCUCCAUGUCUCUUCACCACUUGAUGAGCCUGAAUCCCAAGAAUUUGAUGACUUGAUAUUUGCUCUUCGAACUGGUGGAACCCUACUAGGUGAAGAUGACGAUGAUGACAGUGAGCCAUUACCGGAUAAAUCAUCUGCAUCAGAACACUAUGAAAUGAGAAGGAUCUCGAUCACUGACACUAGACUGUGAGAAAUUGGUAAAAUUAGUAUUGAUGUUUGUAUUCGACUGUACCAUCUCUCAAGACAGUACAUGGCAUACGUGGUACAUGGUGUGUAAUGUAGCAUGAGUUCUUGGUGUUUGUAUUUUGUUACACAUUUAUACAUGUGAAAAGUGUGGCUAGCCAAUCAUUUAUACAUACAUGUGGGUUGAGAAACUG